AUGAAGCGAAAUCUAACUAAAAGUGACAACAGCGAGACAUCGAAACAGUCAUUUUCCAAGAGAUUGAAAACAAGAUUUAAUUUUGGUCGAUUACAAAGUCCCUCAAAAGCUUUUACUAGAUCAUUAACAGUAGGUGAUGUGAUGAACAAUAUUGAUUCUAAGGACAUAGAAAACCGUGCGGAUUUCGAGAAAGGUUUGUACAAAAGUUCCACUGAAAACCGCCAUUCUCUGUCCAUUCAAAUGAUUGAUCGACCUGAUUUUCAUCUGGCAGUGUCAGGCAAGACAUGGUCCGUUAUUCAGGAGCACUAUCCUUGGCUGAUACCCAAACUGGUUGUGAAAGGUACAGUGUUUGCUCGCUUUUCUCCAGAACAAAAAGCACAAGUGGUUGAAGCUCUUCAGUCUGUUGGUUACUUUGUUUCUAUGUGUGGAGAUGGUGCAAAUGAUUGUGGAGCUUUAAAAGUAGCUCAUGCUGGGAUUUCCUUAAGUGAAGCAGAAGCAAGUAUUGCUAGUCCUUUUACAUCAAAGAAACAAAAUAUAAGCUGUGUACCUAUGCUUAUAAGAGAGGGUCGUUGUGCUCUUGUAACAAGCUUUGGAAUGUUCAAAUUUAUGGCUGGUUACUCCCUCAUUCAAUCGUUUUCCAUAAUGUUACUUUUUGUGGUCGGUAGCAAUUUUUCUCAGUGGCAAUACUUACAUUGUGAUUUCGUCAUAAUUACAACGUUAGGUUUAACAUUUGGAUAUACACAUGCUUAUCUACAUCUUUCUGCUGAACCGCCUACAAUGAGACUUUUGAGCAUGGUAACAAUGACUUCAUUAUUUGGUCAAGUGAUAAUUGAUUUUGUUAUUCAAACAGCUGCAUUCAUAUUGAUUCGCCUUCAAUCUUGGUAUAUGCCGUUAUAUUCGUACUCUAAUAUAUCCGAAUAUCGAACCUAUGAAAGAACACCAUAUCGUAAAUCAUUCUUAACGAAUUAUGCAUUUGUGCUGAAUAUUUUGGUGUUUAAUUGGAUAGUUGAACUUUUACAAUUAGUCCGAAUUCCUUCUAUUUGGUUCAUACUCAUUUUACACUCCAUGGUUUUGGCGAAUUUUAUGGCUAGUUAUAUUGUUGAAUCAAUUGUUGAUGGAGUCUCUUUUCGACGUCGUAUACGUCGCAUUCGUCGAGCGCUAUUUCCAAGACGUGUGGAACGCAAAGCUUAUGAACGAAUUCGAGAAGAAAUUGACAGGUCAGCUGGUGUUUGGCCUCCCCUAUUAAGAUAUGCCAGUCUACAAGCAUUACCACGGCGUUUGUUUGGAGAUGAUGAUGUAGAUUUGCCUGAUUGUCCUGGGGGUGGACGGUUGUCUUCUGCAGUAUCCAGUGUCACAGAUGUGGAUGGUCCUUCUGUUCCAAGUGAAGUAACUGACAGACGACAGCUUCCCUUUAGCAGUACAGACGGUGAUAUCGGUUUGCAUAAACAUGUCAGUAAACACUCUUCUAAUCAAAUGAGUGUAAAUGAAAAUCCAAAUCAAACUUUUACUCUUGGUGGUUCUUUGAAGAAACGCAAUCUUUCAGUGGACUCACUACAGCAUCACACUGUUUAUGAUCCAGAUGUAUUUGAUCAUUCUUCAGUGUCAAGUACACCUUCAGCUUUAGAGGUUCCUGUUAUCGAAAGCAUGGGUUCACAUUUGAGAAAUGAGGGUGAAGAAAAUCGUGAAUAAGAAAACUGUCGGUGAAUUAUAUGGUUUUUUAAUUAUAGAAGUUGAAGUGUUUUCCUGUAACAAUUCGCUUCACUUUUUCCAAAGUCAAGUUAUAUUUGCACUGUCAUUAACCUUUUAUUUUUCUACAAGGUUAACAUAAUUGCUUAUGAUAUAUUUAAAUGCCAAGAUUGUGUACUUUUUAUACAAUGUACGUUGUAAUAUUGGAUUUUUAAUAUACUGAAUGACUUUACCUCUUGUCACCUGC